AUGACAUGUUUCACCCAAGAACACAGCUUGACCUGUGGAUUGACCAAUCAAUUAUUCGAAUUAGCAACGUGUCUGGCAAUCAGUGCAAAAUUAGGAGCCAAACAAUUCAUAUUACCUAGCAUAUGUUCUGAUGGAAAUUGGGGCUUAUGUUACUGCUCUAAAUCUCAGCAAUAUUCCACGUUUUUUAAUUUACAACGUAUGAAAAGGUUAGCAAAAGAAAGAUUUGGAAUAACCAUUUAUGAAUACGAAGAGAGUCAAACUUAUUUACAAGAUGUUUCUGAAGAACUCUUUCGUCUACAAGACAAUACUCUCUAUUUGAAACCUCUUUCUGAAGCUGCUGAAAUUAUUUAUGACAUGUCGACUAAAAAGAAAAAUUAUUUGGAGCAUGGAGUGCUGAACAUUGGGUUUGCUUGGGGAAGAUGGAAGGGAGAUAAAUUCGAAGAAGAUAUGCUUUAUUUAACAUUCUUUGAUUUAUUCUAUCCUUCAAUGGCUGUGAAACGAGUAAUUGACGAUUGGGCUUGGAAAACAAAGCAUUUUGAUUCAAAUGGCCCACUUAUUGUGAUUCAUAACCAAAUUCCUACAAGCGAAGGAAUAUAUCCUGGAUGUCAACGAACUGAAAUCAAUGACUAUGUUUCUCUUAUCACACGAGAAAUGUCACUUGGUAAAAAAACAAGAGUGUUGUUAAUAGGUUCAGGAUUUGAAUUGAAAACAUCUGAAUCAUUAAGACUGUCAGAGUUUUCAUCUGCUCACUCGAUACACGUUUAUUCUCAAUCAGAUAUUAUGCGAAUAACAGCUGAUCAUCAGUUACAUAAUUCCUUGGCUGCUUUUUGGAUUGCCAUUGAAGCUGAUCACUUUAUUGCCACAACGUGUGAAAGCCAAUUCCUUUCUCAUAUUGUCACCAUUCGAAUGCUUCUUGGUAGACCUGUUUGCUCUUUGACAGACGUGACAAAAUCCAUACAUCCCAAUGCGUAUCCCUCAAAAUUUAAAAACAAUGGUGAAUACAACGGAAGAGUACCUUAUAGAUUCCCUCAUCCUUAUCAAGGAUCUCUGUAUACAUUGGAAAAAUGUAAAUUCCCACUUCAAAACAGAAUUUUGUGA